UAUCGUGCAAAAUGUUGGAAAAAUACCCGAGUACGGAACCCUCAGUGAGCGAGUCUGACUCGCACUUGGCCAGGGUUUUUUACCCUUAAUUACCCAAUAACCUUAAUGAUAAUAUACGAGAUAAUAUUAUGCAAUUCCAUCAUCAUAAUAAUAAAAUGUUUACGGAUUUUAUAGUUGUUUCAUUAAAUGCAGUUAUCAUUGAAUGGUAGGAUAAUAAUAAUUGCAGUAUGUUAGUGCAGUUCAUAUUGCAACGACGACGUCUAGAUUAUAUUCAAUUUAUAGUUACGUAAUCAUCAGGAGUAAGACAGUAAUAAUAUAAUUACAUUAAAUUAUUUGUUGGACGAUGUCUGUCGAACCUUUAGUCUUUAUUCCUGUGGAUAAAUGGAGUGAACUAAAAACAGUGCUCAAAUCUGAUUGGCCGAGAAGUAUAUUGGGUUUGCUUGUAUUGGAAAAUCAAGAGAUUCUUUUGAAAUCUGGCAUUAAUUAUGGCUUCAAAGUGUAUUGUCCUUUUGGAGACAUAAACUAUGGAAUGGUUGCACUUAACAUUAAGAACACAUACCAUGAAAUUAUCGUCCAAUGUCCCAAAGACGAUACAAGAAAACUAGAAGAGGCCUUGAAAACCACAAACAUCAUAGACUGGAGGAAAUGCAAUCAGAUACCCGCUUUGCCAACACACGUAACAGAUUGUGUAUACAGGCUUUAUUCAGAGAAGAAUCUGAAAAUAGACCCAGUGAAAAAUGUGACGAAGGCAAAUACUUAUGUUUUGGAUAAAGAUGCGCCUUUGUAUGAUGCCAGGUUACCACCCGGAUUUUACUUCGAGUUUUUAACCUUGGAUUCUGUUACACUGGUUAAUGAAACCUGGCCUCACAAAUAUCCAGGUUCAGAGUGGUUAUUCGAGUUCCUAAUCAAAUCCAAGUUAGGAUACGGUCUCUACAAUGGAAAAGAAUUACUAGCAUGGGUCUUUCUCAGAGACAUUGGCGCUCUAGGUCAUUUAUACACAUUGGAAAAUCACAGAAGAAAAGGCUACGGCGGAUUAGUUCUGAAACUAAUAUCGAAUAUACAUUUGAAAGAAAAAAAAUAUACGGUUGCGUAUUGUGCAGCAUACAACACCAAUGCUGGGAGUAUGUACAAGAAGCUGGGUUUUAAAAAUCUUAUAACACUGAAUUGGAUUGACGGACUUUGAGAAAUAGAAUAAGUCUUUUUCAGAGAAUUAAAAUUCGUUCAUUACGCUACUAUACAAUUGCCUCUUUCUUAAAUAUUUUAUUUGUAACUCUGGUAUUUGUACGGAAUUUGCAUGCAGUGUUUACUUUUG